AUGACAAAGGAUAGAUUAGCAGCCCUUGUUGCGGCCCAAAGUGAUGAUGAUGAUGUGGGCCCUGAUGAUGUUGCCGUUAAUGUCGAGGGCAGAGACGGCUUCAUGGAUGCUUUCUUCGGAGAGGUUUGUGUUUCCGAACUUCAUAAUUCCAAAUCUAAAUUAAAUUUUGACAUUUCGUUACGUCAUUAUUCGGCGAACACCUGA